UCACUUUCCUUCCCCGGAGCGGGAAGAGUCAAUGUGCGUGAGUCUCUCCCUCGCUGGCUCCGGGAAGCGAGUUCCGCGUUACUGUCCCUUUAAGUCUGGAAGGGCGCGUACGUAGAGUGCCCUGCGCGUGCGUAUCGGGGCCGUGACCUCGCGCCCAGUCGGCGCCGCUCGUGACUGUUUGGAUUUUUUUUAAGGGGGGAUGGGGGAAGAAUAACAGCUCAGCGUUCGAGCCCAUUAUUGAGUCAGUGGCGGGAGCGUUGCCAUAGCGACCUUCUCCUUGGCGGCCUGGGGCCGGGACAAGCCGCCGCCGGAGCCAUGGAGGAGACGGAAGGAGCAGGGGCCGCCGAGGGCCCCGGGGCGGCGGUGACCGAGAUCCGGGUGCCGGGCCCGCGAGCGCUGCGGUUGUUGGAGUGGAAGGUGUCAGCGGGAGCGGCGGUGAAGAUCGGGUCGCUGCUGGCUCUGUGCGCGCCCCUCCCGCCGCCCGGCCGUGCCGCCACCCCCCCGGCCCAGGGCCCCGGCGCCCGGGCCCCGCGAGCGGCCGCCGAGCGCCGAGUGAAGGCGGAGCGGCCCGGUGUGGUGCGCGAGCUCUGCGCGCGGCCCGGACAGGUCAUCGCGCCCGGAGGCAUUUUGGUGAGACUGGAAGGAUGUAGCCAUCCUGUUGUUAUGAAAGGUUUGUGCGCAGAAUGUGGCCAGGACUUGACUCAGCUACAAAGCAAGAAUGGAAAACAGAAUGUGCCAUUAUCCACAGCAACUGUAUCUAUGGUUCAUAGUGUUCCAGAACUGAUGGUUAGCUCUGAGCAAGCUGAACAACUAGGACGGGAAGACCAGCAGCGACUACACCGAAAUCGAAAGCUGGUGCUGAUGGUAGAUUUGGACCAGACAUUAAUCCAUACGACAGAACAGCACUGCCAACAGAUGUCUAAUAAAGGAAUAUUCCAUUUCCAGUUAGGUCGAGGUGAACCUAUGCUGCAUACUCGUUUGCGUCCUCAUUGCAAGGAAUUCUUAGAAAAGAUUGCCAAGCUGUAUGAAUUACAUGUUUUUACCUUCGGUAGCAGACUUUAUGCACAUACAAUUGCAGGAUUUUUGGACCCUGAAAAGAAACUUUUUUCUCAUCGGAUAUUGUCAAGAGAUGAAUGUAUUGAUCCAUUUUCUAAAACAGGGAAUCUUAGAAAUCUCUUCCCAUGUGGUGACUCCAUGGUUUGCAUUAUUGAUGACCGAGAGGAUGUUUGGAAGUUUGCACCCAAUUUGAUAACUGUAAAGAAAUAUGUGUACUUUCAGGGUAUAGGCGAUAUUAAUGCACCACCUGGAUCAAGGGAAGCUCAGAUGAAAAAGAAGGUAAAUCAUUCUUCAAAAACAACUGAAGCAUCUGAUCCCACAGUGGUAACGGCAAAAGAUUCUGAAGAAGUAAAGAACGUUACGUGUGUGGAAGAACAAAGUAAUGGUCUUAGGAAAUCUACAAAAGAGAUGUGUACUACAAAUGGUAGUAAUUUUAUGAGCAGCGAGACUUCUAACUUGGGGUUGAAUUCCAAUGAUAAAUUAAAUGUUAGAGACUCCUUAAGUGGUACCAUUGAUCACAAAACAAAUGCUGCCGUCAUUAAUGAUUCAACAAGUGUUAAGGAGUCUCAGAUUUCUUCAGAACAAGAUGAUAGGACAGUUACAGAGAAGCAGCAGACCCAAGACAAGGCAACAAAUAACUUGGACUUUGAACUGUCUAGUGACAGUGAAAGUGACAGUGGAUUAGAUGCUAGGAAGUCAUCGUCCUCUUCUGCCUCAGAUAGUGAAAAUGAGGGGAAGAGAAGCUGGAAAAAAUCAAAGCAGCCUGUACCAGAUGAAAAUUUGCAGCAAGAAUGUUGCACUGAUGUGAGUGGGGGAAAGGAUGGUCAAGUGAACCAUUCUGGGGAGGCGAUAGCUCCACCUAGCAUAUAUCCUCCUGGCAAGACAGUUGAUCUUGAAAUGCAAGAAGAAAGUGAACAGGACAGCCUUUGUGAUCUGGGAAAUGGGUGUGCAGACAAGAAAGAAGCGGAGACAGAGUCCCAGAAUAGUGAGCAGUCUGGGAUUACAAUGGGUGAGUCUUUAGAUCAGAGCAUGGAAGAAGAGGAAGAAGAGGAAGACACGGAUGAAGAUGACCAUUUAAUAUACCUUGAAGAGAUCCUUGUUCGGGUGCACACUGAUUAUUAUACCAAGUAUGAUAAAUACCUGAAAAAGGAGAUCAAUGAAAUUCCAGACAUAAGAAAAAUAGUACCAGAAUUGAAAAGCAAGGUAUUGGCAGAUGUUACCAUAAUAUUUAGUGGACUCUAUCCAACAAAUUUCCCCAUAGAAAGAACCCGAGAGCAUUAUCAUGCUACCGCACUUGGAGCUAAAAUUAUAAAGAACCUAGUACUGAAUGCUGAUGAUCCCAACAAGGCAACCCAUCUGAUUGCGGCAAGGGGAGGCACAGAAAAAGUACGGCAAGCUCUGGACUGUAAACAUCUCCAUGUUGUAAACCCUGACUGGCUGUGGAGCUGCUUGGAGCGUUGGGACAAGGUAGAGGAGCAGCUCUUUCCCUUAAAAGAUGACUACAUCAAAACACAAAGAGAGAACAGUCCUGCCACAUUUCCUGAUACACACAGCGCGUUCCAGACUGCUCUGUUUCACCCGACGCCCAUCCAUCCAAAGUUUCAGCCGGGUCCUGAAGUUCGACUUUAUGAUUCCAACACUGGAAAGCUAAUCAGGAAGGGCUCUCAGUCUUCUGUCCAGUCUCUGUAUAUCCAGUCUCCAGCUCCUCCCCUCACUUUACCUGUCCACGGGGAGCACUCAUCCUUCAGAGUUGUUCAACCACAUCAGCAGCAGCUGUUUGAUGAAGAGGAGUUACCAGCAAAUGAGAACGAAGAUCAACCUGGUCCAUCCAAACGGAAACGCCAGCCAAGUAUGUCCGAGACAAUGCCACUGUACACACUAUGUAAAGAGGAUUUAGAGAGUAUGGAUAAAGAGGUUGAUGACAUCUUAGGAGAAGGCAGUGAUGAUAGUGACAGUGAGAAAAAGAAGACGGAAGAGGAGGGAGAGAAACCACAGAGUAGUGCAACAGAAUCGCUAGGAAUGAAAAUAGAAGAGAGGCCUGGAUCAUCAUCCUCAUCAUCAAGUGAAAGGAGCUUAACAGGCAGUGUACCCAGCCAGCAGGUAAUGUAGUAAAUGUCUAUAACGUGUUCUCAAAGUUCAUUCCCUUGUGGGCUACAUCAGCAACUUGCCAGAUGCCUGAAGAUUAUAUUUACAUGAAGUAUUGUGGAGCUGAUUAGUACUGCCCUUAUCUUUAAUGUGGAAGGAGUCUGUGGAGUCUGCAGAUCUGGUUACUUAUGGAGUAUUAUUGCAUACUGGGACCUGUAGUGUCUGCAGGUCGCAGUGCUUUAAAAAACGAGGAUGGUCACAGAAUAUUAGAGCUCUGGACCACACUUUGACCAUAAAAACCUGAAAGAUGACCUUUAGAGAUAUUAGCUUAAAAAUGGACAUCAGUCCACUUUAGGAAAGAGAUUGUCACUGGACUUCAGACCAAAACUAACAUAUAUUGUAUCAUGAUACCAUGGGUGCUGAAAUUGCAGUAUUGCACAUGGGCAUGUGUAGUAUUUGGGGUACACACAAAAACUGUAGCAUUGGUAGCUGUACAUCGUUAUGGUCUGAAGUAUAAUAUACAUAAAAUAAAAUACUGUACAUACUUUCCAAGAAUAUAUGGAGAAAUAGCAACAAUGCUUCAGUUACUGGCACUGUGACCCACCAUAAUAGUUACUGUGCAUUACAAAGCAUGCACUCUUGUGUAAUAGUUCAAUGCUGUGAGUGCUGAAAUCUGUAGAAUGCCAUGUUGAAAUGUUGACCUGAGUUGUCAGACUGGAUAUAGGUUUUUCUAGCUAAAGAAUCUAAUACAGUUAUAAAGAACAAUGACACAUACACCUCUUUAACUGUUUGCUUUUAAACGUAAAAUUGUUUGGUUUAUUAUAUUGUGCUGAAAUACGAACAUUAAUUGAAAAAUUCAGGACAUCCUCUGGUAGCUACCUUAGAACCAUUUCUAAAAUUCUAAUAAGUGGUGGCACACCUCUGUGAAAAAUAAUGGCUUUCAGAAAUGGUAAUGACUGUCACUUUUCAGAAUAGAAAAGGAGCACCUUUUUUGCAUUCUGUUCUAUUAUGGCUUGCUGACGGUACAUUGGUGCAGCCAGUGCUACAUGCUACAGAAUCCUUCAAAAAUCAUAGCUCCUUCUGCAACUUGAUAAAACGCAAGCCUUUCUCCCAGCUUUUUUAUACUUGGAAGUACAAUCACCUGCUUGCAUACGCUGAAAUGUGACUAUAUUCCAUGCUAUAUAAAAUAUAAAUCAAUCAUUGAAAAGACUUGUUCAUUAUAAUACCAUUCUGCAUUUGUUCCAUGACAUGUUAUGACUUGCAUGAGAAAUUACAAAUGAUAAGUUGAAACAGCAAAUGUGUAUCAUCCUUAAAAAGCUAGACAAUCUAAACUGAACUGAAUUUUGUACAUAAAUGUUUGUUGCACUCUGUAGCUUGCAUUCUUCUUUCUGUCUAAUUUUUAAAAGAGAAGUUGGAGACAGAUCUGAUCAAGCACCUCUUUUAAGUAGAUGGGAGUUUUGUGAUUUACUUUGGUGGAAGCUGGAUUGUGCCCCAGAUGUGUCCAGUAACUGUUUCUACUAACUGAGAGAUAACGAAAGUGUACUUGUUAAUGUAAUAAAAACAUGUCAAGCAUUAAGUUUGUUGC